UUUGGGAUUUCUGCUGCUCACUCCAUGUGAUAGCAAUAGCCCAUCAAUGCUAUAGGUGCCACUUGGAUAUCUGGGCUUUUGCUGGGUGAAGAAUACUUUGAGUUCCUGUGACAGUAAGGCAAAGGGCAGGAAGUCAUCUCCUGUCAGAAUAAAAGAAGACAAGCAUGAUUUUACCAGUUAAAGACUGAUACCACAUUGCUACAAGGAUGCCAAAAGCCACAAGCUCCAAGUCUGAGAAGAUGUACCUUCUUGCUACUCUCCAAUUUCUCAUGCUGGCAUUAUCACUGACUAUGGCUUCUGAAGAAUGUGAAUGCGAACCAAAACCCAACACAUGCAAUAUUAUGCCCUGUGGAUUGCCUGGAAGCAAUGGGUUACCAGGUCGAGAUGGGAACCAGGGUCCAAAAGGAGAAAAAGGAGACCGAGGAGAGAGAGGAACACUAGGUCCUCCUGGAAAAGUUGGCCCCAUGGGGAUCAAAGGAGAUCAGGGUCCUCUGGGACCCAAAGGACCAAAAGGAGACAAAGGAGAUAGUCAAGAAUUGAUUCAGCUUAAGGCUCAAAUGAGUGCUUUGCAGGAAGAAAUGAGGAUGCUGAAGGAUCUCAUCAACAAAUACAAAAAAGUUUUGAUAUUGUCUGACAUCAAAAUUGUGGACCAGACAUUUUAUAUGGUAGUAGCAUCUGAAGAGACAUUUGAAGAAGGAAAGAAAUUAUGUUCACAAAGGAAUGCACAGCUGGCAGCCCCUCGGAAUGCCAAAGAAAACAAAGCCUUACAAGAAUUGGCCGAAAAGUUCAACAAAUACAUCUACCUGGGCAUAAGUGAUGAGGUUACUGAGGGCACAUUCAGGUAUCAGAAUGGACAAAUUGUCAGCUAUACUAAUUGGGGACAUGGAGAACCCAACAAUGCUGGAAAUGAAGACUGUGUUGAACUCCAAACCAGUGGCAUAUGGAAUGAUAGAUCCUGUACCGAAAAAUACCCAGUUGUUUGUGAACUUUAGGCUGUACCAUACAUGUUUCAGUGGCAACUCCAUUUUCUGAUAUUACUGACAUUCUCCUAAAGGAUUUCCUGGGCAGGGACUUUGUUCUUCAUUUAUGAGAUAUGUACAAAACUUGGCUUUUGUCUCGAUUCUUUAAAACACAUUCAUCACUAAUUUUCUUGAUCUUAUAUUCUCAAAAAGCUUAAUUAAAACAAAAGUUCUCACCAGGCUGGAAUAUAAGACCUAGAGAUAAUGAAAGAGAACUUUGAUAGGGGAAUCCCCUCCAAUAUUUUUGGACUAUGAUUUAAGAAAAUAUCUAAGACACCAAUGGAGAGAAUGUUAUAAAAGCUACAAAGAUGUGCAAUGGCCAAAGGGAGAAAAUCCAUUUCAGUUAGGACUCUAAACAUUGUAGGUUUCAGCUUAUUUAAUAAGAUAAUACUUUAAAAAGAAAACAUUUCAAUAUCGCAUGUUAUUGUAAGAUAUUUGGAAAUACCUUGAUCAAAAGAAAUUGUAGAAUAACUAAAUUUGAAAGAUGAAUAAAGCUAGUGGACACCCAAAGUGCAAAUUCCCUCUACAAUAGGUGCGACAGGAGUGACAGAAAACAUGAUACAUUUUGAGGCAGCCUCUUUCUAUUGCUGGUCAGCUCUUCUUCAAAAGUUCUUUCCUAUAACGAAUCCAAAUUUGUCCCCUUCACCAAAAAAAUUUCCAGCCAUGGAUCAUUGUCUUCUCAACUACACAAGGCAAAUAUAAUCUGUCUUCUAUGUACUAUUGUUAACUACAUACAACUCCUGCAUACAACUUUUUUAAAAAA